AUGGCGCAGAGUCAACUGCCACCGUUCGCACAAGCCACAGCUGGCGCCCUCGGCUCGAUCACAUCCAACACUCUCAUCUACCCUCUCGAUCUCCUCUCCACACGAUGCCAAACCCAGUCUCGUGGCCGAGACGGUAAAGGAGGCUACCAAUCCAUCAGCGCUGCUCUCAAAGAGAUCGUCGAUCAAAACGGCAUCAAAGGACUCUACCAAGGUCUUGCCUCUGACACGCUCUCCAAUACCUUAUCCAACUUUCUCUUCUUCUACUUCCGUUCGUUCUUCAUGGAAUCCGUCGUCGAGCGGAAGAAGGCCAAAUUGCCACCACCACCGCCUGGCGCCAAAGGAAAAGGAAAAUCUGGAUCGAUGGUCAUCACUGCUGCUGAAGACCUUGCUAUCGGAGCCCUGGCAGGUGUCGUCUCGCGCUUCUUCACUACUCCACUGUCUAAUGUCACGGUGAGGAUGCAGACUUCAGCCAACCCCAAGCCGAAGCCCAAGGAAGGGUUGGAGGCGGUGCAGAAGAGGAAAGAGGCAAGUGAAGUACAGCCUAGUUCAGACAGUGAAUCGGACGAUGAAGGAGGUUAUGCGGAACCAGCGGGGAUUGUGGAUGUGUUGAGGCAGAUCAUCGCUGAAAAGGGAUGGUUAGGGUUGUGGUCAGGAUUUGAAACAGCGGCCAUGUUGAGUAUUUCGCCUGCUCUGACGUUUUAUAGCACCAAUGCGAUAUCGACGCUGCUGAUUCCGAAGGACAGGAGAGAGAAACCAUCUUUGUUGCAAACCUUCUUGACUUCGGCGAUCGGAAACAGUAUCUCGACUAUCAUUGUCUUCCCUCUGAUCCUCUGCAAGACUAGGCUGCAGUGGAGAAGUCCGACAGGUAGGAAGAUGUAUAGGAACUUGCUGGACGUUUUGAGCAAGACGAUCAAGAGAGGAGGACUGAAGGGUUUGUACCAAGGAUUAGACUCGCAAUUGAUUAAAGGCUUGUUCAGUUUCGGUACUACUAUGAUGGUGAAAGCAAGAAUCGAGACACUGUUCGUGAUGCUGUACUUUGCGAUCCGCAAUCGUCGUGCUGAAUUGGCUUGA